ACGCACCUACAGGACGCAUACAUCCUCGGAAGACUGCUCGCCCAUCCCUUGACGACACUCGACCGCGUCCACGAGGUCCUCCGGAUUUACCAAAGCGUCCGGCUGCCGUUCGCCAACACGAUCUUCAAGUACGCUCGAGAGACGGGUCGGAUGUGUGAAUUCAACUGGCCGGGCCAGUACGACGGGAGCGACUGCUCCAACGAGCGCGAGCAGCUGGAUAAGUUGGGCAAGUCGAUCUACCGAAACUGGCAGUGGCAGUGGCGCGAGUCGUUUGACGAGCAGUGGGAUGUGGCGGAAUGGGCUAUCGAGCUGUUCCAGCACACCGACGCGCAGAGAGUGCAGGCGCAAUGA